UCUCUCUCUCUUUCUCUGUGGGUCCGUUUUAGGAGAGCCAGAUGUUGAGACAAAGGUCUAAAAAUAAUCUUUUCAUCUAUCUUUCCUUGGAAAGCUGGGUGGCCGGUGAGAGGUGGGGAGACCUUCGGCUUGGGAGCAAUCCCAAGAUCGGGAGCAACGGAUCCAACUUGGGGCAAGGAACUUAUUGGCAAAGCCACAGCAUCCUUUCUGGACCCAGACGCGAACCCUUUUAAGGACAAACCAUCUGGGAGAGAACAGGAUUUGACUUCGGAGGAUUAGCUAACUUCCAUUCCUGCCUUUCUCUUUUUUCCUGCAAAGAAAUCUGAAGCAAAUUCCAUCCUCCACAGAGGGGGUGGGGGGUGUUGCAAUUUUCAUUGUGUGUGUGUGUGUGUGUGUGUGUGUGUGUGUGUGUGUGUGUGUGUAUUUUGGAUAGGGCCCACAAAGACAGCUGGAGGAGGACUGUAGAAUGGGGAGCAAGCUGCAUUUCUGCACCAGGUUCUUCACGACAACUUUAUGCCUGGUGUUUCUGCUCUACCCGUCCUGGAACUAUGCAAAAAGGCGCUGGAGAAGACAACUGAAGGCUUCCCCAUUGAAGCUGGUGGAGAAUUACGACGAUUAUGAAGACUCUCUUCAUCCCCAUAGCGCACACUACCAGAAGAAUGACCGGUGUCCGCCCCCAUCGCAAACCUUACCGGAACGAGCGUGUGAGGCACCCAGCUGUCGAUCGGACUCUGAAUGCGAGAAACACAAACGCUGUUGCUAUAACGGAUGCAUCUACGCCUGCUUAGAAUCGGUGCCCCCACCUCCAGUUUUAGACUGGCUGAUUCAACCUAAACCUCGAUGGCUGGGUGGAAAUGGCUGGCUCCUGGACGGACCAGAAGAAGUCCUACAAGCUGAAACAUGCAGUACCACCAAAGAUGGAGAUGACCCACUUCAUUGUCCAACGGGAUUCGAAUGCCACAUCAUACACCCUGGUAAUGCCGCCGAGGGCAUCCCCAACCAGGGCCAAUGCAUCAAGCUACGUGGGAACUCGGAUGGAUGGAAUCUAAGACCCAAAUACUACAAGGACUAUUUUGGGCGCAGUUCCAGCAAUGUGGUGGGCUACGUGAAGCAGACGCAGAAACAUCUUGGUUAACUCAAGGAGGACUCUUCCCACCGGCCACGUGUGAUGUCAAAGGGAAAAUAAUAACAACGCUAGGUGGUCAAAAGGAUAACCAUAACCGAGGGAGAAUUAUCCAGGAGGACAAACAUUUUUUUAAUCUGUUGGCUGCCAGGCUAGUUUGAAUUUCUUUUCAAGGUGCCUCAUAUAAACCUACUGCCGGGGAAAGGGGUUAGAUGGUCUUCAACUCUUAUCAUUAAAACCAGGAAGGACAA